GAGGAGGGAGGGAGUGUCUGCGGGCUCCUGCUCACUCCCAGGAGGAGCUCCCAAGGAGGAGCCAGAGGAGGGAGCCCCAGCUCUGUGGAGGGUAAGAAACUCCGCAGCCCUCUGCAAGCCCUGCCCUGGCGCCCCACGGAGACUCGGCGGGGGACCCGGAAGGCAGGAGACGGGACCUCUACAGGGCGAGGGCAGGCCGGCCCUUGAGGGGGCUGAUGUGGCCCCUAGGCUGAGUCCGUUUGGGGUCUGGCCUCGGCCUCAGCCCCCCAAGGAGCCGGCCCUGCGCUCUAUGGGGUUGCCGCUGCCCAAGGAGAAGGGGCUCAUUCUCUGCCUGUGGAGAAAAUUCUGUAGAUGGUUCCAGAGACAGGAGUCAUGGGCUCAGAGCCGAGAUGAGCAGAACCUGCAGCAGCAGAAGAGGAUCUGGGAGUCUCCUCUCCUUCUGGCUGCCAAGGAGAACAAUGUCCAGGCUCUCAGCAAGCUACUCAAGUACGAGGCCUGUGAGGUGCAGGAGAGAGGAGGCAUGGGGGAGACGGCCCUGCACAUAGCAGCCCUCUACGACAACCUGGAGGCCGCCACGGUGCUGAUGGAGGCCGCCCCGGAGCUGGUCUUUGAGCCCAUGACAUCCGAGCUGUAUGAGGGUCAGACUGCACUGCACAUAGCCAUCGUGAACCAGAACGUGAACCUGGUGCGCGCCCUGCUUGCCCGCGGGGCCAGCGUCUCUGCCAGAGCCACGGGCACCGCUUUCCACCGCAGCCCCCGCAACCUCAUCUACUUUGGGGAGCACCCCCUGUCCUUCGCCGCCUGCGUGGGCAGUGAGGAGAUCGUGAGGCUGCUCAUCGAGCACGGAGCUGACAUCCGGGCCCAGGACUCCCUGGGAAACACCGUGCUGCACAUCCUCAUCCUCCAGCCCAACAAGACCUUCGCCUGCCAGAUGUACAACCUGCUGCUGUCCUAUGAUGGGCGCAGGGACCACCUGCAGUCCCUGGACCUCGUGCCCAACCACCAGGGCCUCACCCCCUUCAAGCUGGCCGGCGUGGAGGGCAACACCGUGAUGUUCCAGCACCUGAUGCAGAAGCGGAAGCACAUCCAGUGGACGUACGGGCCGCUGACCUCCACUCUCUACGACCUCACGGAGAUCGACUCCUCGGGGGACGAGCAGUCUCUGCUGGAACUGAUCGUCACCACCAAGAAGCGGGAGGCUCGCCAGAUCCUGGACCAGACCCCAGUGAAAGAGCUGGUGAGCCUCAAGUGGAAGAGAUACGGGCGGCCCUACUUCUGCGUGCUGGGGACCCUGUACCUGCUGUACAUCAUCUGCUUCACCAUGUGCUGCGUCUACCGCCCUCUCAAGCCCAGGACCAACAACCACACUGGUCCCCGGGACAACACCCUCCUACAGCAGAAGCUCCUCCAGGAGGCCUAUGUGACCCCCGAGGAUGACAUUCGCCUGGUCGGGGAGCUGGUGACCAUCAUUGGAGCUGUGAUCAUUCUGCUUGCAGAGAUUCCAGACAUCUUCAGGGUGGGGGUCACUCGCUUCUUCGGACAGACCAUCCUUGGGGGGCCGUUUCACGUCCUCAUCAUCACCUACGCCUGCAUGGUGCUGGUGACCAUGGUGAUGCGGCUCACGAACACCAAUGGGGAGGUGGUGCCCAUGUCCUUCGCCCUGGUGUUGGGCUGGUGCAAUGUCAUGUACUUCGCCCGAGGAUUCCAGAUGUUGGGCCCUUUCACCAUCAUGAUCCAGAAGAUGAUCUUUGGCGACCUGAUGCGGUUCUGCUGGCUGAUGGCGGUCGUCAUCCUGGGCUUUGCCUCCGCCUUCUAUAUCAUCUUCCAGACAGAGGACCCCGACGAGCUGGGCCACUUCUACGACUACCCCAUGGCACUGUUCAGCACCUUCGAGCUGUUCCUCACCGUCAUCGACGGGCCUGCCAACUACGACGUGGACCUGCCUUUCAUGUACAGCAUCACCUACGCUGCCUUCGCCAUCAUCGCCACCCUGCUCAUGCUCAACCUCCUCAUCGCCAUGAUGGGUGACACUCACUGGCGGGUGGCCCAUGAGCGGGAUGAGCUCUGGAGGGCCCAGGUGGUGGCCACCACGGUGAUGCUGGAACGGAAGCUGCCUCGCUGCCUGUGGCCUCGCUCGGGGAUCUGCGGGCGCGAGUACGGGCUGGGGGACCGCUGGUUCCUGCGGGUGGAGGACAGACAGGAUCUCAACAGGCAGCGCGCGCGGCGCUACGCACAGGCCUUCCACAGCCAGGGCGCCGACGACCUGGACAAAGCCUCAGAAAAAGGGCAGCUGGGCCACCCCUUGGGCCUCCACCUGGCCCUCCCGACCCCCUCGGUGUCCCGAAGUACCUCCCGCAGCAGCACCAACUGGGAGAGGCUCCGACAGGGCACCCUGCGGAGGGAAGUGCGGGGCCUGGCCAACAGGGCUCUGGAGGACUGCGAAGGCUGGGAGUACCAGAUCUGAGCGCUCGCACUCCACUGGGCCAUCGGGCCCCUGCAGCUGCUCUCGGCUCCCUGGGGCCAUCGGGGCGCAGAACCGAGACACCCAGAGGUCCAAUCUCCCUCCCGGGUCCCGGAGUGGGUGGGAAGCAGAAUGAACACCCAGGCACGCCGGUGGCAAUAACUGCCCCGGGAUCCACUGCUGGGUUCCGCUGCUCCCCCAGCUCUGGGGCGAUGGGAAACCACGGAGGGCGGUGGCCCUGGCCUCACCCCGAGCACGGGCCGGGGCCACCCAAGCACUCUGCACUGUCAGAGCAAAGCACUUUAAGGACAGGCUUGCCGUCUCUACCCCAGUGUUACGGUGGGAAGGGGAGAGCCCUUCCCAGGGUGCUCCAGACAGCUGGGAGGGAGGCUUGCGGACAGCACACAAGUGAGGGGGGGGGGCAGGUACCGCUUUCGGGGUGGGGUGAAGCGGGUGGAGUCUUGCCACCUUCUACCUUCCAA